AUGGCGCUUACCGUCCUCAUUCUGCAGCUGGCUAUCUUCAUCCUGGCACUUCCCCUGUACCUACUGAACUUUCUGGGCAUAUGGAGCCGGAUAUGCAAACGAUUAUUGCCCUACUUCUUGAUGAGGUUCAGUGUGAUCUACAAUGAACAGAUGGCAAGCAAGAAGCGGGAGCUAUUCAGCAAUCUUCAGGAGUUUGCGGGCCCUUCCGGGAAACUCUCUCUGCUGGAGUUGGGCUGUGGCACGGGAGCCAACUUCAAGUUCUUUCCUCCUGGAUGCAGGGUGACCUGUGUUGACCCCAACCCCAACUUUGAGAAUUUCUUGAUCAGGAGCAUCGCAGAGCACCCUCACCUGCAAUUAGAGCGCUUCGUGGUGGCUGUUGGGGAGAACAUGCACCAGGUGGCCGAUGGCUCCGUGGAUGUGGUAGUCUGCACCCUGGUCCUGUGCUCCGUGGAGAGCCAGGAGCGGAUGCUCCAAGAGGUGUGCAGAGUGCUGAGGCAGGGAGGAGCUUUUUAUUUCAUGGAGCAUGUGGCAGCUAAGCCUUCGACCUGGACCUACUUCUGGCAACAGGUCCUGGAACCCUUCUGGCUCCUUCUGUUUGAUGGGUGCAACCUGACCAGAGAGAGCUGGAAGACCCUGGAGAGGGCCGGCUUUUCUAAGCUGAAGCUGCAACAUUUGCAGGCCCCGCUGGCCUGGGAUCUGGUGCGCCCCCACAUCUUCGGAUAUGCUGUGAAAUAGUGUGGGCCGGCAGUAGAGAGCACUGUGGCUCAAAUACUCUAAGGCUUCAGUUUUACAUUUAAAAUACUAAUUGGGAGAAGGGAAACGCGUUUUUAGUUCAAGUUUAAUUACAGCCUUAAAAGUUUUCUGUUAUAUUUUGAAUAAGAGCUUCAUAACAGUGGUGUCUGGCAUAUCCAAGGUGGCUGGCCUAGGAGUAGGCCAGACCCCAUUUUGUUUAAAGGCUCCUGCUUGUGCCUUCCUGAGAAGGUAACCAUUCAAAUGUAAAAGAGCAAAUUGUUUUUAAGAUCUUUGUGGUUUUUCCCAUAACUAGUUAACAUAUAACCAGUCUAAAGGGCACACAUAUACCCUUUAAUCCAAUCAUCUUAAAGCCACCACUUGGAGAUGUCCUGCCGCCUACUUCGCUAAUUACUCACCCACCCAUCAGGAUAUUAUAGCCGGAGUUCUUCAUCUAACCCUAUAAUUACAUGUUUGUAACUGCUGUUAGCCAAAAGGUUUGAUUUCAUUUUCAUGAGAUCUGGCACGUCCCUGGCUGGAGCUGUCUUUUUACUUUCAAUAAAUCUCUUGUUUUGAUUUUAA